UAGUAUUCUAUGAAGUAUUCGGAAUUUGACAUGAUUUGGAUGAUUAAUUUAGCAUGAGUAUCUAUCUGUCUCUCACCUCAAUCCCCAUUUUCUGUCUAGUUACCACUGGGAACAUUUGCCUGUCACUGUCACAUCUCGGCCAUCCUCAAAGUUAUCGCAGUGGAUACAUUCCCCUCAAACUUUUGAGACUGGCCUUGUUUUUAGUUGAACCACCCAGUUGAAUAGUUUGAACCGCAACAUUGCAGCAACCUCGUGCCACGGAACUAACCUAUCUUUUUGGCCUGUUUCUGCUCUUUCGUGUUUAACAUUUCAAAGGGUGGCAAAAUCGGCCGACUAAUGCAUCGAACGAGAAACCAGAAAGAGAUUACGGAGUUUAUUUUAGGCAUGGCCGGAAAAGCGCACGAGAAUAACUCCAAAGAUGAGCCGGAGCCGAAGUCCCUGUCAGGGAAAAGAUGAGCAGAAGUCAUUGGCUAUUUGGCUGGACCUGCCCGGUUGCCGCAAGGCGCAAGUUCAAGAAGAGCUCACGUGGCCAACUUGGGCGGUUUAUUUGGUGGUGUUGGGUCUUAUCUGCUUACCUCGUCUGUCCUUUACCAGACAUCGGACCGAGCUCAUUCAUGGGAACGAACUGGGAGGAGAAGAAGUACAAGUACACAGCUUUUUGGACAUAAAUACAAGUUCAUGGUUCAACUCUGGCGGAGAGAAGGGUAGAAAACGUGCGGAAACCACACUGCUGGCUUUACGUGUCAAGUAACCCCUUUCCCCUCUUUCUUCCACCUCUCUGUUUCUUCCUUCUACUCUAUUCCUUCCUUCAUUUCUCCCUUAUUCAUCUCCAAUAUUCCACGCCUCUUCCCUUUGACCCCUUCUCUCUUCUUGAAGAUUUGUCACAUACCCACCUAAAGCUUCAAAACUUCAUUCUUCCUUAAUUCUCGGGAUUCAAUCAGAAUUCCCAAUAUUGAGGAAGUAUUCCGCUUUCGUUGUUGGUAGCUGGAGAACCAGGGAAAUGGAAGUGGUGCUAGCUUCGGCGCAUCUCUCUGCUCAUUCGAGAUGUGGGUUGACUUCUUUCCAGCUCUCCCGCUCACGCCGAAUCGGCCCAGUUCUGGCGUUUACUUCCACAACUAACAGUAUAGCUUCUUCUUCUUCUUCCUCUUGUUUUGGUACUUCCAUUUCUCAUAAGCACCAUCAGAGUAAUCCCCUUUCUUCGAGAAGCUCUCGUUUACGUAAGAAAGGUAGAAUCUUCACCGUUUCUGCUGUGUUCGAGCGGUUUACGGAGCGGGCAAUAAAGGCGGUGAUUUUUUCCCAGAGAGAAGCUAGAGCCUUGGGGCAGGACGUGGUUUCUGCCCAGCACCUCUUGCUUGGUUUAGUUGCCGAGGAUCGCGACCCCAGUGGUUUUCUUGGCUCUGGAAUCACGAUUGACAAAGCUAGAGAAGUUGUUAGUGACAUUUGGCAGGACGGCACCGAUAAGGAUCCAACUUCUACUAGUACAGAGAAGGGCGUCAAGUCCUCGACGGAUAUGCCAUUUUCGACUGGUACCAAACUGGUUUUUGAGGCUGCUGUUGAGUAUUCCAGGACCAUGAAGCAUAAGUUCAUUGCUCCCGAGCAUAUAGCCAUUGGGUUGCUCACGAUUGAUGAUGGAAGCGCAGGUCGGGUCCUUAAGAGAUUGGGGGCAAAUGCUACUCAUUUGGCAGCUGUGGCAGUCACCAAAUUGCAAGGGGAGCUAGCCAAGGAUGGAAGAGAAGAACCAUCUUUAUCCAAAGGCACUCGUGAGAAACCUCUAUCUAGUAAAGCUAUUGCUUUAAGAUCGUCGGAAAAAGCUAAGGAGAAAAGUGCGCUUGCCCAAUUCUGUGUAGAUAUUACCUCUCGAGCUGUUGAAGGACUCAUUGAUCCUGUCAUUGGGCGCGAGAGUGAAAUUCAAAGAACUAUUCAAAUACUUUGCCGCAGAACUAAAAAUAAUCCUAUUCUUCUGGGUGAAAGUGGAGUUGGGAAAACAGCCAUUGCUGAAGGACUAGGAAUCAAGAUCGCGCAGGCUGAAGUUCCUGCUUUCCUUUUAGGUAAGCGUGUCAUGUCUUUGGACAUUGGACUUUUAAUUGCUGGUGCAAAGGAAAGGGGAGAACUAGAGUCACGUGUGACUACCUUAAUCAAAGAGAUACAGAAAGAAGGCAAUGUAAUUCUCUUCAUUGAUGAAGUCCAUACGCUUGUCGGGACGGGUACAGUUGGACGAGGAAGUAAGGGAAAUAGCCUAGACAUUGCUAAUCUAUUGAAGCCAGCUCUUGGAAGGGGUGAAUUACAGUGUAUUGCAUCCACAACUAUGGAUGAGCACAGGACACAUAUCGAAAGUGAUAAAGCGUUGGCGAGAAGGUUCCAGCCUGUAAUGAUUAAUGAACCAAGCGAGGAGGAUGCUGUGAUGAUAUUGUUGGGCUUGCGCCAAAAAUAUGAGGCCCAUCACAACUGCAGAUAUACAUUGGAAGCAAUAAAUGCAGCAGUUCACCUCUCAGCAAGGUAUAUUGCAGAUAGAUUUCUUCCUGAUAAAGCCAUUGAUCUCAUUGACGAGGCAGGAAGCAGAGCCCGUAUCGAAGCUUAUAGGAAAAAGAAAGAACAACAAACUGGUAUACUUUCAAAGUCACCAGGUGAUUAUUGGCAGGAAAUCAGAACUGUUGAGGCUAUGCAUCAAGUGGUUAUUGCAAGUAAGCCAAGCACUGAUGAUAGUAAUUCGAGCAUUGAGGACUCUGAAGAUGUCAUUUUAGAGUCGCCUCCACCUUCUGCAUCUGCUAAUGAUGAGCCCACGGUGGUGGGGCUUGAUGACAUUGCCUCAGUUGCUUCACACUGGUCUGGAAUCCCUGUUCAGCAGCUUACUGCUGAUGAAAGGAUUGCUCUGGUGGGUCUUGAAGAACAGCUUAGGAAAAGGGUUGUUGGCCAAGACGAGGCUGUUGUUGCUAUAUCUAGAGCCGUUAAGAGGUCUCGUGUGGGGCUCAAGGAUCCUGACAGGCCAAUCGCGGCCAUGCUUUUCUGCGGCCCUACUGGUGUAGGCAAAACUGAGCUAACUAAAGCAUUGGCUGCAAACUAUUUUGGAACGGAGUCCGCCAUGCUGAGAUUGGACAUGAGUGAAUACAUGGAGCGACACACAGUGAGCAAACUAAUAGGGGCACCCCCAGGUUAUGUUGGUUAUGGCGAGGGAGGGACUUUGACAGAAGCAAUUAGAAGACGACCUUUCACUUUGGUUCUGCUCGACGAGAUAGAGAAAGCCCACCCAGAUAUCUUCAACAUCCUCCUCCAAGUCUUUGAAGAUGGCCAGCUCACAGAUUCUCAGGGCCGCAGAGUCUCAUUCAAGAACGCGUUGAUAGUCAUGACCUCUAACAUUGGAUCAUCAGCCAUUGCAAAAGGCGGACGUACUUCCAUCGGCUUCAUACUUUCAGACGACGAAUCUGCUUCUUACGCUGGAAUGAAGGCCUUAGUACUGGAGGAACUCAAAUCAUAUUUCCGGCCCGAGUUACUGAACAGAAUAGACGAACUGGUCGUAUUCCGUCCUCUCGAAAAGUCUCAGAUGCUGGAAAUUGUGAACAUGAUGCUGCAAGAAGUUCAAGGAAGGCUGAUCUCUCUCGGAAUCGGGUUGGAGGUAUCCGAAUCGAUCAAGGAUCUGGUGUGCAAGCAAGGGUACGACCCGGCUUAUGGCGCCAGGCCACUCAGGCGAGCAGUCACUCACAUUGUAGAGAACCCUCUGAGUGAAGCAUUGCUUGGUGGAGAAUUCAAGCCGGGCGACACAGCUAUUGUGGAUGUAGAUGCAACGGGGAACCCGGUGGUUGUAAAUCGGGCGUCGGAGAGGAGCAUCCACUUAACAGACACAACUACGCUCUUGUAAUUAAUUGGUGUUCUAUAUGUUAGGAAAAAGUUCAUCAGUGUAUAUAAUAAUGGACGAGCUUAGGUGAAGGACAGAUUCAUUGACGUGAUCGCAGUUGGCGGAUUCGGUUCCCAAGUGUAUAUGUAAAGGAGCAAUGGAGCAUCAAUCAAUACAUUUGGCCAACUUAUAGACAGCCGACUUCUUACUUACCUGUUAGGGCGCACACAUGGGUGAUGGGUGUUCAACGGAUUGAUCCAUACAAGACUAUAUCCAAUCAAAUCGAUGUUUGUAUAUGAUCAUACUAUACCGAAUAAAAUAAAAUGUGGUCUGAUUUACGGUUCAAUGAAUUUUGUAAAUACUGGAAAAAAAAAAUAGAGACACAACACGAUUAAAUGUGAGUGAAGUAUGGUUAUAAAUUGACAGAUUAGGGGUUUUUCAAUUUUAAUUUCUCUUUAAUACUCUUGUUUUAAAUUUGUUUAAGAUAUUCUUUUUUCCUCUAGGCAUUAUUACUAUUACUAUAUUAUAUUUCGAAUAUAUGGUUUGGAGAGUUAUUAUGUAUGUAUUACGUAUAAUAUUCUAGUUUAUGAAAUAUUGUUUAUUAGCAUUAGACCACUAUGACGUGAACCACUCACUUGCUAUACCGCGACUAAUGUUCCUACUCGGUUCUGACAAUUGAAACUCUCUUCAAUCCCACUAGUUUGGGGGAAAAAAUGGGUCUCACUUCUAACGAGAUUCAACCUGAUUAUAUAUGUGUUCAAUUUGGGCAAACGGAUGGGGUUGUUUUGGAGUGACAAUCAAAGGGCAUGAGAAUAUGAUUAUCUAUGAAGCAACACUGGCCAAGAGGUGCAUAUUGCAAAACCCAAGGGUUAUUCCCAAACCAUCUCCAACAGAAACACAAAAUUCAUAUUAAACAAGACAGUCACAAAAAUGAGGCGAGACAUAGUAAUCCACUACGAAGAUAAUCUGCAGAUUCUCUGGGAACAAAGGCAACGCAAUGGCAAUCAAACAUAUACUGACCCGCCCAAACUCCAUGAAAAGCACUUCACUGCCAACAGCCACAGCUAUGGCGAAAUGGUCGCAGGGGAAUCCAUCCUUGUCAUUCAUCUGUUGUACCACAUUACCUGAAGCACUGCCAGAACUCCAUGCAAGGCACUGAACCGCCACCAUCCACAGCUAUGGCGAAAUGGUCACAGGGAGGAACAACAGCGGUUCACCCUUGUCAUUCAUCUGUUGCAUCACAUGAGCUGAAGAAGCACUGCCAGAUUCUCGACUUCUGUUUUGCCUUCUAGUUGGGGGGGCUUUACUAAAAGUCCUCUUGAAAUCGACAUCGACGAAAGUGAUCAUCAUCCCCCCAACACCUAUGCAUUCUCCAAUCAAAACAUAUGCGCCUUCGUUGACAAGAAGCAAUCUGACUCAACUUCCUUAGUCCAUCCACCAAGACAUUAACAAAAAGAACUAAAAUAUAGAUAGAAACACCUUCUGGUCAUGGGUUUGCAGCAUCUCCAAAACUGCUGUUCUUAUCACUAAUGAUAAGGGGAGAUCAUGAUUCUCAUAUCAACCCACUGCCACAUCAAUAUUUUGCGUCAAGAAUCGUGUGGAUCAGAGUAUGUGUUUCAAUAGGAGCCUAUGUCUUUAGGUACUCAACAGCAAGCAAACAUAAAUCCAUGACCCACUUGAACUAAUUGCCUACUCCGUAAUAAGAUCAUAAGACUAGCACAAACUUUCAGUAACCACAAAAACACUUCACAGAUCAGCUCAGAGUCAGCUUUUUGUAGCCAUUUUCCAAAUAAAUAUUGGCGUAUAAAGUAAAGUGUGCAAU